AUGAUGGGACCUGUUGGCCUGAAAGGGUCCGGCGCAGCCGCUGCCCUUGCACGUCAGAGGAUGACCGCCAUGUCCAUGUCCCGCUCCUCUCGAUCUAUGUCUACCUUGCGGUCACAAAGCCUACGGUUCCCUAGCCAGCGGGGCCAAUUGAAGUCAGCGCUAUCUGGAAGUGCUCCGUGGCGCAUGACACCAGCUGUUGUCGGCCCGGCCGCAGUCCGAUUCAAUUCCACCUCCUCCGACUCAACACUCCCCGAAUUUGCUUUUGAUGGCACAUUGAAGAAUGCGGGAAACAUACAGGAUAUUACCUCGAUUCCGGAGAGAAUUGGAUACCUUAAGGAGCUUGGGCUAGACUUCGGCUGGGGCUUCACGUCGACGAUGCAAUGGCUUAUCGAGCACACUCACAUAUGGACCGGCUUGCCAUGGUGGGCUAGUAUCGUGGCUGUCGGUCUUCUGACUCGUGUAGCAAUGCUGAAGCCUGUCCUUGGCGCAUCCGAGAACGCAGCAAGAAUGACCAACGCCAAAGCUAAGACUGACCCCCUCCGGCAAAAAAUGGUCGCUGCCUCGACCGAAGGGAACACCCAGGAAGCCCAGAUUUUAAGGGCCCAGCUCAAGGAGAUCAACGAUGAGCACGGAAUUAAGGCAAUGAAGUCAUUUCUUCCAAUGUUGCAAAUUCCACUUGGUUUCGGAUGCUUCCGAGUCGUGCGAGCGAUGACUUCGUUGCCAGUGCCGGCCCUGGCCAUGGAAACAGCGGGAUGGGUUAAGGACCUGACUAUUGCCGAUCCUACUUACAUCUUGCCCAUGAUUGCUGCGGGCACCCUGUGUUUAUCUCUGAAGAGAGGUGGUGAAUCCGGCGCCAUGCCCAUGAUGCAAACCGAAGCAGGAAAGUACAUCAUAUAUGGUUUCCCUGUCAUGUCUUUUGCCUUCAUGGCAUUCAUGCCGAGUGCCCUGCAGUUCUACUUUGUGGCAAGUGGUAUUUUCGGCCUGGGUCAAACUUACGUGAUCAACUCGGAAGCCUUCCGGAAGUGGAUGUCCCUAUCGAUCGCUAAAAAGCCAUCCACUGGGCCGAAAUUCUCGGCUGUCACCCAAAGCACCCAAAGCAAGGGCCUUCGCCAACUGCUGGAACGGCUCGAGAAGGAAAAAGCCGCGCAAGAGAAAGCACGCAGCGAACUCUCUGCGUCACCUGCACUGGAAGAUGCGAAGAUCAGCCUCAUUGACCGCAUCUACCAGAAAUUCGGGAAGGUCGGCUCCGGCUUGUCUAAAUCAGUCUCAGAAACCAUCGGCACUUCAACAGUCGAGCAGCGUAUUGCCAAGGACCACAAGAAGCGUGCAGAUGAAUACGAACAACAACGAAAGGACGAGGAUGAGCUCAUGCGGAGAGAGCGUAAUGAAGCUCGCCGCAAGGAGCACAUGCAAACCCUGGAGAACGAGAGGACCAAGGCAAGCAAGUCUUUGAAGAAUACCCAGACGGCUGCUCGCAAACCUAAUGGGGGGCGUGGCUCACGCCGUGCUUGA